CUUCAGUAGAACUUAGAGCUAUGCAAAAAGCAUGCAGAUUACAAAGAUUUCAAAACAAAAUUACCAAGCACCAAAUCUUCAAGUUAGAAGACUUUAGUACAGAUAACCCUUAUAUUAAAAAUAAUAAUAACUUAGAUGCUAAUAACGUUAAUAAGCAAAUCUCAGCAGAUAUGAAUCUGGAUAGUCAUAUUAAUAUAGAUCAGCCUCAAAUUAAAACUGAGACAGCUGAAAAAGAACCAACCAAAGAUACUUCAAAGAAACUAAACAAUUCUUUAAUAAAAAAUCAUACUAUAGAUACUAAUAUUAUAGUAGAUCCACUAACCACUCUCUAUAAUAGCUUCAAGGUUGCUAAAUUCUCUUUCAUCAGCAAUAAUGACAAUGAAUUCCAAUUGGUAGUAUUAAAGAAAAAACACAAAGAUAAAGCAAAA